GUCAAGCACUUGUUUAAUUAUCCCGGCCGGAAGCCAGCCGAUCACAUUUCCGACACAAUAAGACAUUACAUAGUAUGCCCCCAUCAGCCGGCCGUCGUUUUCGUUCCCUCCGCCGGAGCGUACGUAUGUUAGAAUCUUCGCCGGAAAAAAACAAAAAUACCAAAAAAAGGUAUCCUGAUCAUAUACGUUCUAGCUAAUACUAAUACUGCCAAUCUUCUUGCCUGAAGUUUCUGGCUUCGCCGGCGAAAUUAUUCGGAAGGACAUAACAAAGCAUAGUACUUUUUGUUUUGCAUAUAUAUAUAUAUAUAUAUAUAUAUAUAAGAAGAGAGAGCGGUAUCCAUCCAUCUUAUUAACUAAACAUAAUCCCCCAAGAGAUCUCGAGUCCUUAACCAUGGCAGUAAUUCGUAUUAUCACACUAAUUUUACUGUCCCAUUUUCUGGCCGGUUCCGGUGCGUCGCCGUCAUUUUGCGGCACGGAUAGGCCGUGGUUCCACGCGGCGGAGUUCCCUAGCUACGUCGAGAAUGCGCUGAAUUACGUUGUGCAGAAUGCGGCUUCCGGUUACCAAAAUCCAGGGCUGGCACAGAGCAACGACGUCGAGUGUUCGAACUUCAGUCCGGCCCAAGCCCACGGUGCCGCCUGGGCCGUCGCCACUUGUUACGCCGGCGUCACUCCCGGUGAUUGCACGGCGUGUCUCUCCGACGCGCUGCCGUAUGUCCGGGGAUGCAAAAAGAAUACCCUUGGAGGAGCUCGCUAUGAAGGUCGGUGCUGGCUGCGCUUCGGGCAGUACAUGCCGUAACACGAAUCCAAUUCAAUUGUCACCCUCGCACAUAGUGUUCUCAGUCUUAACUAGUUUAGCCACUUUUAAUCUGUCGAUAUAAUCAACAUGUUUUUAUCAUUGAUUCAUACCAUUGAAUGAAUAAUCUGCCAGUUCGAUUAUCAGAGAACUACAGAAUCAACUAUUCAGAACUAAUCGAAGAAGCAGUAGUCUCCGCGCCAUUCAUAUACAUAGAUAAACUCAUAACUUAACUCUUAAAACGAAAACUGUAUAGUAUAAAGUACAUAAUAAAUGACUUGGCCUUAACAAGAAGAAUCUUAUUGUUCACAAUUUUCACAAGGUCAAUAAAAUUAAAAUCCCCCC